AUGUCGAAAGAAUAUUAUUGCGGUUAUGCGUCCAUUUGUUCUUACGUAAGAAAUCGUAAUGAGAAUUGUUCAUUUCGCGAGUUCGUAGACUUUUAUCAAGAAAUUAUUAUAAACUCUCCACCGAAUACUGAUGACUGGAGUGGUUUAGAAGCUGCAUGGGAAACGAGAUUCUUAAGAACCGUAAAAGAUAUUAUUCCUGAAAAAUACGAUGAUAUUUAUGCAAAAGUUUUGGUAUUCGGUGAUCGGCUGGCCCAAGUGAUGGUGGUUGCGCUCCUGGUCAAUGAUCGGUUGACUUCGGAGUAUCUGGUGAAAUCAGAAACUUCGAAUAAGUCUCUAAUGUAUUAUUGGCAAAAUAUCAUCAAUGAAAAAGGACAAAAAUCCGUAAUCAAUAAUCAUAUAUCUGGUAGCCUAAAAAUAUUGGACGCAACGGCUAAACAUAAUACAAAUACAAUCGUUUCGAAAGUUUCGGAUCUUACUUCGUAUAAGGAUCAAGAAAUAGAUGUAGAUGCUGAACGUUUAGAGUCCGAUGAUGAUUUCCAACCUCCAACAAAGCCCUCGGCAAAGCGGAAAAAGCAAUUAUCUAUUUCGAAAAAGAAUAAAGAAUCAAUCAAUUCAAUCGCUUCAAAGAAGGUCAAGCUCACAAAUGCGGAUACCGGUGAUCCAAUCGCGUCAAAUUCACAAUCAACAGGUGCAGGGUCUAUUAGAGAAAUAAAUGUUGUAAAUAGCCCCAGGAAUGAUAGGCCAAGCACCCCAUCUCAUCAAAUAUAUUCUACGACCAAAAAUCAGGAGUUGCUUAAUCUGCUAAAUCAAGAAAAACAGCGAUCUAAAUCAGCAUUUGAACCAAUCUGUUCAAAUAUAAUAGACACAACAAACGAACUUUUAAUGGAAAGAUUGAAGAUCAAACGUGACUAUAAAUGGGUUCCUGUUAUUAACAAGGCUACGGAAUACAUCAAUGAAUUAAUCAAUAAUUCUGAUACUCGUAAUGAAUUCCGUAGCAAACUUCAACUUUCAUUUGUUCCACCAGAUGAAACGUAUUCAUUUAUCAGACACUAUGAAAUACAUUGGGUUCAUCGUUUUGCUGACAAAUUGUCAUUGUUUUUUGAAGCUCCACGAAAUCCGCUCUUGGAUAGAAAUUCUGAAGGUUGGCUGAACUGUCAUAUAUUGACCUCGUUAAUUGAUGAUUGUUUUUUGACUUGUGAGGGAAUUCAAGUUCAUCGAGGUGAAGAGAUGUCUUUGGCAUCUACUCAGCGUAAGAACUUAUCAAGAGAAGAAUCGGGAAAAAAACAAUCUGGACACAAGAUUGAUAUUCUCUUCCGUAUUGAUAAUAUGGAAUAUUUUGGCUCAGAAACGUAUACUGAUGAAGAUCCUCAAAACUCGAAACCAAUUUCCUAUAAAAAAAAGCUUUUUCGUGAAAUGAAAGAUCAACUUGAUCGUCUCUUGAAGAGUUUAAAAUUUACAAAAGAGUCGAUUAAAGAAGUAAAGAAUAUUGUUUUACACGGAUUAACUCACGGAGGUCUUGAUGGGAAGAUGUAUGCCAUGUAUUAUGAUGCCGACAUUGGAUAUUAUUUCGUGUUCAAGACAUGUCAAUAUCGAAUUGGAACGACAUGGGAUAGCAUUCCAGAAAGCCUUGUGACUUUAAAAGAUGUAUUAUGUUUAAAGUAUGACAUAAUAAAUGUUCUUGAUGUUGUUAAGAAAGUAAAAAGUGUUGCGUUUCAAACAAGGCCAGAAGAUUUAUUUACCAUUGACAAUCUUCCAGAGACGACAUCAACUCCGAAAAAGUCCCAAAAAGAGUAG